AUGGUUCGAUCGCGAAACAACAAAGACGGGGAACCCGAUAACGCCACCGCCACUACCACCUCCACCGGCACCGGCACCGACACCGACAACGUGGUUAACAUUUCUUCUGAUGUUGAUUCAUCUCUUUCACCAUCGUCUAGUAGAAGUAACAAUUUCAAUUCUUCCUCAAGUGUCUCUAUCUCUCCAAUGCCUAAGCCUUUUGUUCCACCUCUUCUGCCCGGUCAGCAUUGCAGAGGUGGUCAGCCCUUAAGACAUUUUCGCUUUCCAAAAACAAACACACCUAAGAUUCCUCGAAUAAGAACCAAGAACGUAGGUAAACCCACUUCUACUGAUAAUUCAGCUUGUUCAGCAUCGCCAUCUCCUUCAGCAUCUCCAUCUCCAUCUCCAUCUCCAUCACCUUCACCAUCGCCAUCGCCAUCGCCAUCGUCUAGUGGCAGAAGGUUCGAUUCAUACUUAAGUGCCUCAAUCUAUUCAAUACCUAAAAGUUCUCCCAAGAAUCCGGUAGUACCAAAUAGUCCAAGAACUCCGGUACCAAACAGUCCAAGAACUCAUUUCGUUGAUGAUCAAGAAUCAUGGGAAAAAUCAAUAGAGGAGUUAAAGUCUUUUGGGCCGAUCUUCUGCAAGAGAGUCAAAUAUGAUGGAAAAGAACUCAGCUACAGUAACUGCUACGAAGUUGCAGAUGCCCUUUUUGAAAGCCACAGAUCUUGUAUAACAGAGGCAGAGAGUGCUGCAAGGGCUCGAAAUUACAUUGAUGCUGCUAAAUUUAGAAAACAGGCAGACGAUGCUUUCAUAGAAGCUACAAAAGAAGUGUUGAUAGCUUCAACAAGAAUGUUUCUAUAUAUGUUAUUUUGCAAUUUAAAUCCUUUUAUUAUAAAUAAAAUUCUAAUAUUGUUUGUACAUACUGGAAUGCAAUGAUCUAUUCUCAUUCCAUGGUAUUGUCCAUUCCAUUCUUUUAUGAUUACAUUCCAUCCCAAACAGACCCGUAAUAGUUGAUAAAGAAAAAAAAGACAUGGAUGUAUAAUAUACUAUGCACCAACUGAAAUCAAGUCAUAUAUGGGUAAUGAUGUAUGCAUGGAUAAACUGUUGUACACAUAAGGUCAUUUUCUUCUCUAGACUGAAUGACCAUUUUACCCUUGAAAGCAAAUUUCACAAUAUUCAUCAAAAACAAUUUUAAUGUGAGG